AUGGCCGCUUCUGGCGGUUUGCCGUUCAACCCCUUCAACGGGGUCAACGGAGUCAACCCUCUCUCUGACGCGCUCCGCGCUCGGCCGCCGGCGGCCCUCUCCUGCUCGCUCUCCCAAGGACUGUCGCUCUCGCUGCUCUCGUCUCUGUCUGCCACGUGGCAGCACGGCAAGCACCGCCUUAGAGCCAGUGCAUCGGACGCAUCUCAGCCGUUGGAAGAACCAUCACAGAAGAAGGGCCAAUCUGGGUCGUUGCUGGAGAGGUUUCCCCUCAAGGCAGCUGUGACGGCGAGUGGGCUGGCCCUGACGGGUGACACGAUAGCACAGCUGGUGGAGCGAUACCGACGGAGGCAGGCCAAGGAGACAGAGAUAGAGGCGGCGUCGCCGUGCUGCAGAAAGAGAUUGCGGGGAGUGGCGGACAAGGAGCUAUGGCAGCACGACUUUGUUCGAGCGCUGUGCAUGGCCUGCUAUGGAUUCCUGCUCUACGGCCCCGGCAGCUACGUGUGGUACCAGCGCCUCGACCGCCUGUUGCCUGCACCUACUCUCACCAACUUCGUGCUCAAGGUGACAGCGAAUCAGGUGGUGCUGGGGCCGUGUGUGCUGCUGGUGGUGUUUGCAUGGAACAUGGCGUGGAUGGGCAAGGCCAAGGAUAUCCCAGACAAGUACCGCAGGGAUUUCUUCCCCUCGCUUGUUGAUGAGGCGCGAGUGGCGUUCAUGUCAGUGUGUGCCAUCUUCUGGAACUUCUAUCUCUCCUCCUCCGUCGGCAAGGAAUCUGCUGCUCCCAAACUCCCACCAGCAUCCCCCCCUGCUAGCGCUGCUGCCCCUGCUGCCCCUGCUGCUGCCGGUGCCUAG